GCCAUGAUGGGAGUUAUAGGUUUGCAACAGCUGGAGACACACUGUUUGGAAAACCUUGUUCUAUAGGAAUCAGAGCACCAUGUUUUCAUAAGCCGGCCUUUGUUUUCUUCAGGGCCCCUGAAGGAUGAAGUUUUCUAGGCGUAUAUAUCAUAUAUCCCUGGCAUAUACCAUCUCCUUAUGGUUUUGGGGGAGGGGGGUCUGACUUCUGGCACACUAUGGUGUGACCCGUAUCUGGUGAAUGGCCGGCUGCAGUUCUGUGCACAAUUGGGGAAGGUUGAUGUCUAUUCAUGGAUAAACUCCAAAGGUGAUGCUUUUGAUACACCACCAUGCCGUGGCUGUUCUUCAUAUCUUAUGGAGCCGUAUAUUAAGUGUGCAGAAUGUGGACCUCCUGAAUUUCUACUUUGUUUACAGUGCUUUUCAAGAGGAUUUGAGUAUAAGAAACACCAGAGUGAUCACAAUUAUGAGAUAAUGACAUCAGAUUUUCCUGUGCUGGAUCCCAGCUGGACAGCCCAGGAGGAAAUGGCUCUUCUAGAAGCUGUGAUGGAUUGUGGAUUUGGAAACUGGCAAGAAGUUGCUAAUCAGAUGCGCACAAGGACAAAGGACGAUUGUGAAAACCACUACAUGAAGCAUUUCAUUAAUAAUCCGCUCUUCGCAAGUACUUUACUCAGUAUGAAACAGGCAGAAGAGGAUAAGAAUGUGGACACAGCAGUUCCUUUUCAAGCUUCUGAGGACCCACCAAGACCAACCUUUGAUUCUCUGCUUUCGAGAGACAUGGCAGGGUAUAUGCCAGCAAGGGCAGAUUUCAUAGAGGAGUUUGACAACUAUGCAGAAUGGGAUCUAAGGGACAUUGAUUUUGUUGAAGAUGAUUCAGAAGUUUUACAUGCCCUAAAAAUUGCUGUUGUGGACAUUUACCAUUCCCGACUGAAAGAGAGACAGCGGCGGAAAAGAAUAAUAAGAGAACAUGGCCUUAUAAAUCUAAGGAAGUUUCAGAUUUUAGAAAGAAGAUAUUCCAAAGAUGUUCAAGAAUUGUUCGAAACAAUGAGACGAUUUGCCCGAAUUUUAGGCGCAACAAAACACGAUCGGUUUAUAGAGAGCCAUGCCUUGGAAUUUGAGCUGCGCAGAGAAAUUGGACGGUUACAAGAAUACCGAAAAGCUGGAAUCAAAACCUUUAACAGUUCCAGAAUAUAUGAUCGUUUGAAGAAGUCUCGGGAAGAAGAGCAUUUGAAGCGUAACAUGCUAUCCGAAGUCCUUCAGUACUUACAUGAUGGCAAUGCUUGUCAGCAGUGGCUCAAAAGACAAGCAGCUAUUGAUGCCGGAUUACAUCAGAUUACCCCUGUUGUAUCAAGCUCAGGUAGAAGAAGUGCUCCUCCUCUUGACUUAACAGGACUUCCUGGAACAGAAAAGCUCAAUGAUAAAGAGAAAGAGCUGUGUCAGGUGGUGAGAUUGGUUCCUGGAGCUUAUUUGGAGUAUAAAGCAGCCCUUGUUAAUGAGUGCACCAAACAAGGAAGCUUACGACUGGCACAGGCUCGCGCGCUUAUAAAGAUUGACGUGAAUAAGACCCGAAAAAUAUAUGAUUUCUUAUUACAAGAAGGAUAUAUCACAAAACCUCAGCCAUGACCCACUUAUUUCUUUGCCUAUGAAAACUAAUUAAUCAUUAUUCCCAGGAUAGGAGAUAACUAAUCUGAUUUGGGGUAGGGUGGUUUGACUGCAGGGAUCCCCCAUGUUCUUCAGAAUAGAAAAAAAAGUCUCCCCCCUGGAAACAGAGAACUGAGAAUGGAGCGGCAGUCACACGUGUGACCAUUGCUCCAUUCAUUCUCUUUGGGAACUGCCAAAGAUAGCGGAGUAAAAUAUCGGCUUUCUUUGGCAGCUCCUAUAGAAAAUGAUGGAGCAUUCUGGAGAAUGCUGGGGGGGUCCCAGCAGUUGGUUGCCUAUACUUAACAUAGAGGAUCCUUUUAUGAGGCUUGACCCGGAAGUUCUUGUUGGGUAAAACUAUCUAAAUUUAAUUGGUUACAUUUAAGCUUCUUGCAAAAUAGAAAUUGCACUUUGUAUGUGCAGCUGCUGUUUCCAGCAAGUCUUAUUACUAGUUCAAUGUAGAUUAGCUCUCAUGAAUAUGGACAUUAAUCCAAAGGAGCAAGUUGUAUUUCAAGAAUGUGAGUUUAAUUUGUCAGUGCUAUUUAUUGGCUGUAGUAGCAGCUAUGAUGUUAGUGUAUUGUUAAACCACAGGCACACUAUAAUGUUUCUGUUACUGUUUAUGUUACUAUUGUAUAUGAAGCCAGAUGUAUAAAUACAUGGAGACAGGUUUAAACUAACUACCACAAACAUGUAGCAUGCUGUGUGAAUGGCACAAAAGGCUUAGCUUACAGUACAGACAUUAAAAGAGACUUUAAAAUACAGGAUUCAAAAUAUUACUUCUUUGAGAAGACUACUCCAUUAGCCAGACUGGAUUUUCUGUUACAGAUUUUCAGUUCUUCAUUUAUUACGUAUUCUUUCGACCACCACAAUUUUGGGUGGUUGUUUCAAAGAGGUUUCGCUGUACUUCCUUAUUCAUACCAUUAUGUGCUAUGUUUGUGAUAUUGUUGUUAUUGGAGCUGAAUGCCACAAAACUUUCCCCACAAAAUUGAUAUUAUGUAAACGCAAACACAUUAGUAAAUAAAAUUGUAUUUUUGUACAUUUGUUUGGCUAUAUGUCUGCACGGUUUUCAUCUUUUAGUUUUCACUAGAUGAGUAGCUUGUGUUGCCCAGUCUUGCUACCUAAGUCUUAUUAGAGA